AUUCGAACCCACUACAUAUGUGUAGUGAGUUCCAGGGAGGCUGACGACGGAGUCGAGGCACACUCUUUUAUUAAACUCAAGGACAGUACAAUACUUGAAGGGGUAACGGCCCCUUCACCCGUACUAGAUGGGAAAAUACCCCUAGCACUAAUUCUCCUGUCCUGUUCCCAGUCCCCCUCUAAUAGUGCUACGGGAGGCUGUCUGAUCCAGCCCUGGUAAAGCACGGAUCCCGGCACCCAGCUAAGCCGGCCUUGCUCUUACAAGAGCAGAGGUCCGGAAGCUCUUGGGGCCACGCCGCUGGCUUGCCCAGCUCGGCCCUGACAAGGGCAGCGAGACAGGGGAGUCCCAGGGCCUAUUCUGCCGGUCUUCAGACUUCACUGGUGGAUUGCAAGCGGCCUGAACCCCAAUGUCCACCUGCCUGACGAUGUCGGCUUGCCCCACUCCUGCUUCCUCUUAAACACGAGGCAAAUCCGAUUGCCUCGAACAGACUGGUCACAUUGUGGCAGAAGCAGAGCCCAUCUUGACGGAUGAAGAAGCUGCAAAAAGACUUCCAUUGGUGUCUCGAUAUGGAGACCGCAGAAAAGCAAACAGAUGGGCAGCCAUCACAGGCAAGUGGAAAUAUUGCCAAGAAAGGUGACGUGUACAUGGAAGACGUCACCAUUGUUCUACCGAUUGUAAAGAAUGGUGUCAGUGGCCUUGGUGAGCUCUGGAAUUGUCAUAGCUCUGAAACAACCCAUCAAAACUUGUUCAAGACACAACUCAAAUGUGACCACCUAAUUGCCCACCCACUCAAGAAGCUUGAGUACAGCUUGAAACACGUCAAGGGCACCGAAGACCAAAUCACAAUGGUCAAAGCCCAAGGCUCCAUGGGCCUGGAGCUGCUAUGUGGGCUCAUUAAAAUUGAAGGAUUUGCAGAGUAUAGCAAUAGAUCUGUGAGAAGCGUGAACGAAGAAAAACUAAUCUGUCAGUACAAUUUGGAAAACUUUUCAAUCUCCUUGCUUCCAAUAUCUAAAACGGAAAUCGAUGAGCACGUACACAGCCAGCUGAUGAAAAGACGCAUCAAAGCAACACACGUGGCGUAUGGGGUGAUCUUGGGCGCGGAAGUGAACGCGCACAUACUGGUCACGCGGAAUGAGACAAAAACGAGCGACGGCAUCAGCGGCGGUGCGGUUGGGAAACUCGGUUUUGGCAAAGUAACGGCCUCACUGAAAGCUCAGCUCGAGUGGUUGGACACGAGCGAGGCGAAUGACUACAGCACGCAGAUCGACAUUCACUCCAAGCCGCCAAUGAAGCGGCAGCCGUCCACGGUCAAGGAGAUGUUUGAGUUGGUGGAAAAUAUAGACGUGUCUGUUGCCAAUGAGCGACAUUAUAAGUUCAGUGACGCAAACAUCACGGGAGUGCCGAUACGCUGGGUGCUUGUACCCAUUGCUCAGUUCCUGGACAUUGACGUGGAGAAGCUCUACAUGCAGAUCAGCGAAACUUUACUCUGCGACUUCAGAGCCAUGCUCAUCUCCCUGCAGGAUUCUCGUCAGCCCGAAUGCAUUAAGAGACGGGUGCUUGAGAAAGAGCAUCGUCUCCAGUGCGUCCUCUCGGACUCCAGCUCCCCACUCUCUCAAGACAUUUCACAAUACGAGAAGAUACUAAACAAAAAUGUCGAAUCGUUCUUUAUUUGUGCCUGUAAGGCUUUGAGAGACUAUAAGCAGGCAGUAAUCACAUCCAUUGAGCUUCACAAGAUUAUAGAAGAAUAUGAAAUGUCUCAAUUCAGCGCAGUUGACAUAUACACAAAAGUGGACAAAUUCGUGAUGGAUGGAAAACACGAACUUGAUGGAAUCCAUGAGAAAGAUGCAACUCAAAUGGAGGCUGAAAUCUGCACCUUUACCAACCGUGCAUUGUUGAACGAAUGGAUGAACACAGAGUCGAACAUUAAAAUAUUGUUGCAGACAAAGGAUGGCCCUUCCAGUGGAGUAUUCCAUCGCCUCUUUAAAAUCAGUUAUGCACUGAAAGAGCAUAACAUUGAUGUGGGAAUUGCACUGCCUUCCAUUUCUGACAACUUCUCUCUUACAAUUAAGGCUAGAGAACACCAAAAGUGUUAUCACGCGGCUGAUAUUCCACUCAUCCUUGGGAUUGUCAGUGCCGCCAUGAGCACAGACUCGUCAGUGGAGAAUCAGUUUUACACGAUCAUGGCUUCACGCUUCAACAUCACUUUGCCGCUUCAGACGAACGAACUUAAAGACCUUCAUCGCCUGGUAGAAUUAUUGAAAAUAGGAGAUGUACACAUUGCCUCCUCCUACAUGGAAUCUUUAGAGUGCCUCUGGAGUGGCGACUCCCACUGGAUGUUUUUUGUCCCAAUCGAUGCAGUGGAUACUGCAUAUGAAUCCAUAGUCGGCCUUCGCGACAACUUGAAACGACUCGCCUGUGCCAAUGGAAAGUGGGUGGUGGGUAGGCUGGACAUUGCCAAGCAGCACGAAGCGCCCUUAUUGUUUGUCCUUCGUGACAAGAAAGUGAAAGCCAUAUGUCUAGACCAUCUGGACAUUAUUAUUCUUGUCGAUCUCUUCAACAAAGCAGCAACCUCUGAACACAAUGAACCCGAUUUGUCCUACCUGUCGCCAGCGUCCCUGAAGUGUUCUAUCUAUCACAACAGAGCCAUUUACGCAGUGAAGGCCAUGGAACUCAUGGAUCCAGCUAAUCAUUAUGAGCACAAUUAUAAUCACCUAAGGAUGCAGUCGUUUGAGGAUAAUGUCGAUGAGAAGCUUACCGAUGCACUGCACAUUGUACGCAGUUGUCUAUCGCGAGUAGACAUGUAUGUAAUUGCAAUGGUUACACAUUUUGCCAUAAGGGAUAAUCCACAAAUGUGCAGUAUUCUCGAGAAAAAUGGAUGGAGAAACGUGGAUUGCAGUUUUGGCAAGGACCGUCUAGAGCUGCAAGAUUGUGAGUUGAUCAGUACUGCGCUGCAAGGGUGGUUAAGUUCACGUGAUAAUUUCUUAACCAAGGUAAAGUCAGCCAAAGUAAUCAUACAGCAAUUUCAGUUGACAUCUGGUCCGUGCACUGAUAAUAGUAUAAUGAGUGUUAACAAUGCUAUCCAAUUAGUUACAGAUGACCCAGAAUGCCCAGAAUAUAAUUUUCAUGAAAUUCAAAGUUUGCAGGAGAGUGAUUUCCAUAAUAAAUGCUACGUAUUUCUAGCAAGAGCAGAUGACUAUGUGGUCAGUUCUGAAAACCAAGACGGAAUGACUCAUGUAAAAACACUGAUUUCAAUUUUGAAACGGAUGUAUCAAAAUGACUCAUAUUUCUUUAAUGCCUAUGAUGCCAUAAAUAUAUAUGUUGGUCGAAUUGAUUUGCGUAACUCUCAAUAUUCCAGCUCGAACACAUCCAUUACUCAAUGCAUAGAGAAACAUCAGCUUCACGCACUGCUUCAACAUCUAUCUAAAUUACAGUAUAAUCGUCACCUGGUCAUGCUGCAGCUUGCUUUUGACAAACUCAAAGAGGCAAAUGAGCCCAAGGCAGUUGUCGGGGUGCUGCAACUGCUGUCAAUCUCUGGACUGCAAGUAAAUCAAUGGAAAGAUCUCUGGACCAAUUCUUCGUUCAAGUACCUCAUUAGACGUGUAAUCGAGGACUACGACGUACUUCAAACGAUGCACUUCAUGAAUCGCACAUUUAUUCCAAGGGAAUUGCAAGAUAAGUUCUCAUGCAAAAGUGUGUCUCUAAUGCCAAAUUACUUUUCAAAUUUGGAAAGUGCUUUGAGCACGUUUCAGAACAUCAUUACUCUGAAAGAAAUCCCACGACAUUUCACUCAAUUAUUUGCUCAAUCUAUUGCCAAUGAUGCAACUUUGGAGAAAUCACUAAAAGAAGCGAACGCUCUGAUAUAUUGGAAAGAAAAGGAUAAACAAUUCAGUGAGGGUUGGUCUCUGCAGACAUUCAAGGAUGCUGUGGACAAUAUUGAGAAGUUUAACAAGGCGAAGGAGUCAGCCGAAUUACAUAAAAUGCAGAGAGAUGUAGGUAUCGAUGUGAAGGUUGAUGUGCAAGCUAACAAAGCGGUUGUGAUGGUGCGUGAAGAUUGGCACUCAGUGUUUGGCAAAUCCUUGCCAAUGACCACACCUUUUGAGUACGUGAUUGUGCGUGGAAUUAUCAAUCAACUAGAUGUUUCCUCUGAACAAAUAUCAGCAAUCAUGAAUAAAGCUCUGCCAUAUAUAAUGCAGACAUUGAAAAUGUGGGGAGGCAAUAUUCUUCGAGCAGAUGCGAUCUGUAGGUUGGGUCAAAGAGAAACUACAACCGUCAUUUGCCGUGCCUGUAAACGUCCCAAUUUUACAGCUAACAUUGCUAAUGCGCGCAAUGCUUGGCCAACACGACAGCAGAACAAAGCUUCCCUGUCUCGACUUGACUGCAUCGUUGCUCUGCUCAGCGCUGCUGAUUGCACAGUCGUUCAAGAAAUGCUGCAGAUAAUGACCAAGUUCCCAAUGGCGCUCCCGCUGGUGAUGCCAGAUCUGGAACUUGCAGGCAAGUUGAAGGUGAUGCUUCCGCUGCUUGUCGGCAACACGAUAAAGUGUGAGUCUCAAUCUGGGGUCAUUGCUGAGAACCACCUGUUCCUCAGCCCUUUCAGACUCAUCCUGGCUGUUAGACUCGGCAGCAGUUCUUGCGGGAAGAGCACAAUCCUCAACCAGCUCAUGGCCGUGGAGAACAUGUUCUCAUCGUGUGGGGAACCCGGAGCCCAGGGAGGGCCACCUCUGACCCUGGCCGGGACGGUAGAGUUCACGUGGCUCACACAGGAGACGUGCAGCGCCAGCCUGUGGGAAUCUGUCAUGCAGCAGUUUUACUCGCAGGGGCAGCAGGAGAUUGUGCUCCUUGCAAACCUCCAUGGCGAUGCCCUCAAGCACCCAACAACUCUCGAGUUCCUGAAGAAGUUCACCUCAGCAUACCUGAUUUUCAUAAUGCCAGGAACAAAGAACAUCUUGGAAGAGAGAAAUAAGGAGUUUGGCAAACAUGCACGUUCUGAAGAUGAAUCCUUCUUCCUUCUUGUCAAUCCUUCAACAAACUGCGACGAAGCGGACGAAAUCAUCAUUCAGACAUCAACGCUGACAAAUGAUGCCACUUUGGAGAAAGUGCGCUCCAUUUUCAGAGAAAUUCUAAAAAUUCCUUCUAAAAAAAUGACGCUCAACCGGAAGCUUGAAAGCUACGAAAUAUGCGACCCACUGUCUCUUGCACACGUGAUUGAAUGUGUCGAAUCACAACGAGUGGUAGAUUUCGUUCGACAGAAGACGUGUAAAGAAAUUAGAAGAGCCAUGAAUUUUGAAAUGCAUAUAACCGGUCAAAGAACAAAUCUGAUUAGAUUAUGGGGCGACAACGAGAUACUCCAGCAGCUGAUGACACAUUAUGGAGCAGUUUUGAGCCUGCCUCUUUCUGAAAGACUAAAAGCCAUGUCCCAACUUGAGAGGGAUAUCUCACUCCUAUCCAAUGCAGAAUCCUCAAAUAUCAGACAAAAAGUUGCAACUAAAAUUGAGAACUUACAACGACAACUUGUUCAAAAGGAUCAAGACAAGACAUUUUUUAAUCAAAUUAAAAAGGAUAUUCAUGAUAACUUGAAAGAGCUAGACCAUAUGUGUCUCGGUUUGGAGCAUUUCUUUCGUGAGUUGGGUCAUAUUUAUGAGAUAGUACAAGGGGGUCAAAGUAAAAAUGAAGACAUAUUAACAUUUCCACAAUUGUAUGGAGAGUUGCUCACCCAAGGCCAUUCCAUUGAACUGCUUAACGGUGACAACAGCGAAAUGCCCGGAGCGUGGUUGGCAGACAUCUUUCAACACAUUUCCCGCAACUUCCCAACACUCCGCAUAUUCGUGAUCUCCAUACUGGGAUUGCAGUCGUCUGGGAAAUCCACACUCCUGAACGCCCUCUUCGCUUGCAAAUUUGCCAUCUCCGUUGGCCGCUGCACCCGCGGUCUCUUCAUGAGGCUGCUAUUCUUGGAGGAGAAGCUCGUGAAGGAGCUCAAACACGAUGCGAUCGUGCUCAUUGACACCGAGGGACUUGGGGCGCCAGAGAAAAUGAACGACGACAACACGAACAAAAGGACCGAAUACUCACAACGUUCGUAAUGAGUGUGAGUAACCUCACGCUCAUCAACGUACUCGGGGAGUACAUGCGGGAUUUGACUGAAAUCUUGCAGAUCGCGAUCAUCGCGAUGGCUCGGCUUGGCAAGGUUAAGAUGGCGCCGGACAUUCUCAUGGUUCAGCAUCUCACGG